GCGGUUUGAAUAUAGGGAAAUCGAAAGUAGGUCAAUAAAUACAUCUGCAAAUGGCUGCUAGCUUUGAGACAUCGCAUAAUAAAGAAUCGGACAAAAUAUACAACCUCUGUUGUUCUGUUUGCGAAGAAGAUAGUACACAUAAAGAAGGAUUGUUUUAUUGUAAGAAAUGUUCAAAAAUUGUAUGCAACGAGUGUGUGCUAAUGCACAACAAAAUACACGAGGAUCAUUCAGUUUCAGCGAAAGGAAAAUGUGACAACUUCCCUGUUACAGUGGAUGAUACUCUGGAGUUAUGUGAGGAGCACUCUACUGAGAAACUGACGAUGUUCUGUGAAGAUCAUGAGAAGCUGCUCUGUCAGUUAUGUCUAUUUCAUAACAACCACAGGCAAUGCAGCCAUGUAGUUUUAUUAGCUGAAAAAUGCAAAACUUCAACAGAACUUAAGGUAGAUGACAUUGCAACAAACAUAGAACAAUUGCAGAAACGGUUAGUGGAAACGAUGAACAAAAUUGAACAGAAUAUUAAUUCUCUACAAACAUCAUAUGAAAGUAUUCUGAAAGAAAUACUUGAUUUUCGUCGAAAGAUCAACGACAGUUUAGAUCGUCUUCAACAGCAGACAGUGAAUGAAUUGGAAAAGUUGCAAGGCAGCUUUAAGAAUUCUUUGGAUAAUGAACGCAAACAAUGUGCGAAAUUUAUUUCAAAACUAAAAGUUCAUCAUACUAAUAGCAUAAGAUCGCCUGAGCAAUCUUUUAUUUUGAAUAGAAAAUAUCAGGACCAAAACGCUUCGGUAGAGUUAUUUAUUCAAACCGCAACUAACGCAGGCAUUGAAUAUCAUUUUAACAAUGACUUUGGGCAGUUUAUCGCUGCUUGCACAGAUCUAGGGAAAAUCACAACUCGCGUUGGUGGUGUGGUGUCUCCUCAACAUAUCGAUCCGAACAAGGCCAUUAAUGUGCAAGAAAAGUCGCAAUUCAAUUUGCGAACAAGUACUGAUCCGAAAAAAUGCUCCAUAACCGGUAUAUGUGAGAUAUCAAACGGGAAUCUCUUUAUCUCCGACGGCUCAAAUAUGUGUGUCAAACUCCUCGAUCAGGCGCACAAUGUUUUAGAUCAAGUAAAGCUUACUGCGCAUACGUGGUCUAUGUGUAAAAUUUCCCCGAAUGAAGUAGCGGUGACUGUUAGCAACCCAAACUCUGUUAACGAGAUUGAUGUCUUACGAGUGGACACUGGAAAGAUAAUUCAGAGUAAAACUCUUAAACUUAAUCAUUUGUGUUACGGAAUAGCGCAUCAUAAAGGAGACAUGUUCGUAACUUCCGGCACUUCGUUGUUCAAAUAUGCAACAGAUGGACGAUUAGUAAAGAAGUUGUACGACGAUAAGACUGCUAAAUAUUCAGUUGUAGGAGUUGCAGUAAGCCCUAAUGGGAAUAGGAUCUAUCUUACCGACAGACAUAAUGGCAGGCUUGUCACACUGAACAUUGAUGGAGCAGUCACAUCCACGAUACAUGAUCCUGCAUUCAAACGUUCCUGGAUAACAUGCAACAUACACGUGGCAGCCACAGGACAUGUGUUUGUCUUUGACGGACAAACUGUUACUCAAGUAGACACAGACGGUAAAAAAUGCCUAGCCACAUUCGUUAUUGAUGGCGUCAUUAGCGUUGUUUACUUCAAUGUAGACGGAAACAAGUUACUUGUUGGCAAGUUUAAUAACGACAACAUGUCUGAGUUCAAAGCAAAGAGGUCAUGACUACUGUAGUGAGAUUUCAAAUUUUUACUGAAUGAAGUGAACAAUGGUAUUUUUAUUGUCACUUCCAUAUACAGUAGUAAAAUAUUUAAAAUAAUUGUAUGUACCUGCUUAAUGGUCUUGUCCGUGUGCGUGUCAUAUAGUUAUACAGUGUUGACGUAAUCAAUAUAUCGAUGGUGUUGAUGAGCAUUAUAAAUUGGUCAUUCAUAUUUAAAAGCAUGUACAUUGUACAUAUGUAUAUUGGUAUAUAAAAAUGAUUAACUAAGUACAUUUAACAUAACUGUCAUAUAUCGUGUACACCUCGUAUAUACUUUGUGAUUUAUCCGUCAACAUCGAACAAUAUCCAAGUAAAUUGCAAUAAUACCUUUAAACUUAAUAACUUUAAAAAGCCUACCGAAUUAACGCGUUAAAUGCAUAUUGAUUUUUUAAGAAUUAUUAUAAACCCGCCGCAUGUAUUUCUUGUAUAUACGAAAUAUGACCCCAGUGCUAUACAGUUGCACACCUGUAAAACGCUUCCUUCAAACAGGUUUGAAAAAUGUAUAUUGGUUGAUGGUUGUGUUUUUUGGUAUGAACAUGUGUAGUACAUAAAUGUAAAUAUGCUAUUGUGCAAGUUUCAACAUCAUUUGUGAUUUCGUUUUAAAUUUUUUGCAAUUAUUUUCCACCACCACUAUUCUAUUAUUUUUUAUAGUAAAAGAAGCAAAUUAAAUGUGUUGUAUUUGACUAUCGUGGGAAGGGACCGAGGGCCUUUUGUUUUGACAGUAUUUCCGAAAUUCCAAGAUAUUGUUUAUUGAUCGCGCGAUCUACUAUACUUGACGCACAAAUCCUAUGUGCAUUACUCAGCGCAGUAAAACACAUUAGUAAUGCAAAUUGUAUACUUAAAGACUUGUAAAUUACACCUUUUAUGUGCAUUGUUUACAUACUGUUUGUACAGAUUUUAACAACAAAUAUGCAUUGUUGUGUUAUUGAGACGUCACGAAAACAUAUGCUUUUCGUGGGAAAAUGACAGACUUUAGAUAACAAUAGUUAAACACAGAUGAAUUAUAUAUAUACAUUAUUUGCAGACACCAAAUCAUAUAUUAAUAAGUAUUAAUGAUUGCGGUAAUGACAUACGGUUUGUCGUAUGUCUGUAAACGUAUCGCAAAAGUACUAGUUAUUAUACAUGAUUAUUAUUAAUCACUAUUAUUAUAAUUAUUUAAGACUAUUUAAAAGAUAAUAUAUUGUAAGCAAAUUAAUUGUCAUACAUUAAAGAAGAAUCUCGGCUAGUUCAAAUUUACAUGCACUACUAACAACAACCAGCGUUUAUUAUUCGCCAUAAAUGUGAAAGCCUGUGUAUCGAAGUGAUUGUGAUUGUCAUUGAAGUGAUUGUGCAUUAGCUUUUGCUUCUACAGGAGUCGGGUUGGGACUCCGUUUCAAUCAACUUGUUUUUUGAGUUAUUUUAAUCAUUUAUGGCUAUUCAAAACAUUAAAUAUUUAUACGUAAAUUAAUUUAAAUACAUUUAUCAAAAACUACGGAAAUCUGGGAAUAAGUCUCUUAAACAUUGAGUAGUAUUAAUGUUCUAUGUGUCUGUAUAAAAAUGUAAUUGGUAAAUAAAUAGUUCUUACUUAAUAAGACAUUUAUUAUCAUAUUUGGUUAAUAUAAAUACGAUUACUCAACAUCAUAUGCGCAUCAUCAUGCAUAAGCACCGUCCACUUCCACAAGAAGUUCAAAGAUUUGGUCUUGGCAUAAACAUUAUUUUAAGCAUCACACAACGAGGACAUGUAAAAUGUAUUUUAAGACAUGUUUGUGUAUGUUGUAUGUAUGUUUUGUCUCAUAAAUUCUGCUUUCUAUUUGAAACAUUUGAUAUUAACUUUCUACACUAACCUGUGAUCAUUAACUAGUAAUAUGUUUUCUGUCUUAAGUUUAUUUUAUUCCAUUAUUUUAUUAGUUAGAACAUACUAACAUUGUUGUUCUUUAUUUCAUUUUAUGAGUUCAAACGUUUAUGUUUGUUGUAAUCGUAAUUUGUAUAAUGAGCACAUCCAUAAUGGUUAUUGUCGUAUUUUUCAUAUGAUUAUUCAUGCAUUUGCAUGUACUUUGCCUCCAAUUGAUACAUGUACGAAAAAUGUCAUACCUGCAUUGUUCUACAUUUAAGUGUUUUAAAUGUAUUCGGCGCGUUAAAUAGAAAACUGAUAAAAUAUUAAUGGUAUUUAUUUUAAAAGUACAUGAUUGAUAAAUAUUUUAAGUGAAAACAUUUAAGUUUCAUUGUAUGUUUCAUUUUCAAACGAAAAAUACACUGUUUCAUUACGUUCAAACUCUAUUUUAGUGCGUUUUUUUCUAACUGCAAAAUCCUACUAUGUCUUAUUGUCUAAACCCACACAUAUUUAAAAAUAUUUUACAUAAUUUUCUACUAUUAUCUAUAAAGAAAAUUUAUGUUAUGUUUUUUUGCUUUCAAUUGUGAACGUUGACAGGUUUUUUUAGUUAAAAGUGACAUUGAAUUAAGAGGUAUAAAAGAUAAAUUAUAAAGUUUAUUAAAAUACCAAACAUAAUAAAAAUGUUUCCGCUUGAUAGCUUAAUACCUAUUAUUCUUCUAAUAUUUUAUGAGUUGGUAGCUUGCAUGUUGAUUAAGCUUGAAUAUGCUUUUUUGGUUGCUGUAUAAUGGUCAAAGCGCUGUUACUGAACAGUCAAAACCUUUUUCGCUAGAUAACUUGAGUAGGUAACUUUCUUUCAGAGCUAGAUUCAGAUUUACAUAUUUAAAUAAAGUAAUACUUUAUUUUGAUCUGCUUCAAAGGAGUGUUGAUCUGAUAAUGUUAUUUAUAUAAUUAUGUACAUGUUUACAUUUAAUAAUCGCAUGUGAAAUAUAUCCUUUUGACAACGAUGCAGUCUUAUCAGGAUCACAUGUACAUCAGCCAACCAGAGCUAACAUAUCCAUUAGUGGACUUUGGUGUGAGCAACAGACAGCCGUGUUUACACGAGUAAAUCAUAUUUGGAAUAAAUAAAUGCCAUUA